GUCAUCGGCAGUAUUUGUUCCCGUGUCCGUAGGUUUGGUCGGUUUGUCUCGCAAUCGGAAGUUCGGUGUAAGGACCAGUUUGCUAGAUAACCGAUAUCUGUGUUUUGUGAGAGUGCGGGCCGAGCGGCAGCAGCUGGAAUCGACUGGAUUUAUAACCAAGGGUUUGAUGCUGGUCUGAGAAUUAUGUCGGAUACUGGUGCAGAAUCACAAUCGGUCACACGUCAAGUCAGCUGACAUAUUGCGCCCUGCUACACCGCAACAGCUCUUGGUUCCUUGGAUUGAAGUAAUAUCGAGCGCUCGAGCGCGAAGUUGCACACAAAGAGCGAGAGAGAAAAAGAGAGAAAGGGAGCAAGAGCUAUUUGGUAACGUUUCGUUUUAGCUUGCCGAGCCUCGACGGACAAAGCCAAACGCGCGCAUUCAGUGGCCUGGCGAAUUGCGCCGAGAUUCACGAUCGAGCCAAGAAAGAAAGACCUCGUAAACCGACGGGUCUGUCGGACUAUCGAUGUGCACGUCGUCUAACGUCGCGAUAAGGAUAUACGAAGCCCACUUAAAUGCUUCGAACGAAUUCUUACUCCAUGUUGUGCGUUGGUUGCGACACGACUGCGUGUUGGAAAGAAUUGCUCCCUCUCUCUUCACCACAGAGCUGUUUUACACGAGGGAACGGCCCUUGUCUCAAGAUAUCGUUGCUGCCGCUGACAAUUUCUAUCCUAUGUAUAAUCCUCGACGAGUGCGCGCGUGUGCGAGUGCGAGUUCGACAUGAAAAUUCAUGUGUUCAGUUUUCUCAAAUUCUUCGAACAUACUCGACCUAUCUGUGUUUGAUAUGAUGUGCUCAUUUUGGUGUGAAUGUAUGGUGACACGCGGUCGUGACGGAGCAACCGAAGAGCAAGUUGUGGCAAAAGACGCUUAAUUAUCCAUCUAGCUGAUUGCAACUACUUGGAACUUUUCAAGUGAUUGCAAAUAGGAAAAAAAUUAAGGACUUGUCCAAUCACUGAAAUUCUACCAGAAUAAAUAAACAAAAUGGAACGGGAAUCUAAUCCAAUGCAAGCUCUCUGCCGCAGUGGCUGUGGAUUUUAUGGCUCGCCAGCUACAGAUGGCCUUUGUUCUCUUUGUUACAAAGAAAAUCUAAAAAAGAAGCAGCAACCUCCUGUAUCUGCUGCUACUGUACCACCUUCACAGACCGUCUCUGGUAACGCUGGUACGUUGCAAGGCGGUUUUGGUAGUCCUGCAGCAACAGGAACUACAGCCCAACCUACCAUUCCUACCAUACCUCAACCAACGACUGAUCUACCCAACCCCAAAGAAAUAAAUAGGGAAGAUCAGGAAAGUGAAGUAAGUGCUAGCAGCGGAGCAGUAGCAGAAGGAUCUGUGAGUAGUGGGGAUGCAGAUGACUGCUUUGAUGGCAAAGAGACUGACAAAGAAACUAAGAAGAAGAAAAAUCGUUGCGCCGUGUGUCGCAAAAAAGUUGGUUUGACGGGAUUCGAGUGCCGUUGUGGAGGACUGUUCUGCUCUGUGCAUCGAUACAGUGACAAGCAUGAUUGCAAAUUUGAUUAUAGAGAAAUGGGCGCUCAAGAAAUUCGGCGCAACAAUCCAGUUGUUGUUGGUGAAAAAGUGCAAAAAAUUUGAACUAUUUAGUGCGUAGUCGUUGGGAAAAUGGUUAUAUAACUAUAUAAACAAACAGAAUAUAAAACGGAGAAAACGAGAUAAAUUAUCUGGCAGCUGAUUGCACGUCGAGGGGCGAAACGGGUGAAUGCGAGAUCGUGAACGAAAGAGAAGGGACAAAUGUAUAUGCGUGAAAGAGAGUGAGGGAGAGAAAGAAACUAGUAAGAGUGUAAGAACAAGAAAGAAUGAGAGAAGCGUUUAACGGGUAAAAAGGAUAUGGGAGAGAAUGAAAAUUGGUUUGUAAACGGUAACGAAAACGUAGAAACGGGGUAAUACAAAAUUUGAGAAGUGAUGAAACAAGCGAAAAGAUAUAGGUUAAAAAAAAAUAUAAACCGAAAUUAGAGUGUGUGCGACGUGUACGAAUGUUUCGAAAUUUGAAUGUCAGUGCCAUGUCAGAUUGUCGUCUUGCGAGAGUUUUAAUCGAGAAUAUAUUUGGUUCUAACUGCUGCCAGCUUACUACUACUAUUACCUAUUAUUAUCUACGAUUAUUACGGUUUAUUAUCAUUCUAUAUUAUGUUUAUUAAUUUACUUAAAAAUGCAAAAUUUACGUAUGAAAUGUUUGUUUUUUUUAAACUAAAUGAAUUCUUGGUGCGGUCAGUCUGUUUGAGACGUCUCAUCGGGAAUUCUGAUUUGAAUUGAGAGCGAGAGAGAGAAAGAGAGAGAGGUAUAGAAAAAAAAAACAAAUUUUAUAUAUAUUUCUGUUUCGUUCGUAUAUCAAAAAGAAAAAAAAGGGAAUGUUGUUUAGGUAGUGGCUGACGUUGAUGGGUGAUCACAAUCCUAGGUUAACAAUUAGUCUAAUAAUUAUUAAGUAUAUUAGUCUAUUGAUUCAUAAAUAAUGCAAUGAAGUAUAAGUAGUACUGUGUGUUUAUGUCCAAUUUCACGUGAAUAUAACCAGCAUUAUUCCUCAUUAAAUAUGUUUCAAACUAUAUUGCAAAUCAUUAUUUACGCCAUGUGUUCACGAAUCUCCGCAAAAAGUGAACCCUUGUAUUUAUCUGAUUCUCUACUGGUUGUUCCAGUAGAGAAUUAGUUGCGUCGGACUUGUCCAGUCGGUUUUCUCGAGUUUCUUCUUUUUUUGCCCUUGUUACAAAUCGUACGUACAAAAAUGCACGACAGAUAUUAUUGUAUAUUGGUGCUAAUAUAAUUGUACGAUGAAACGUCUAAAAGGCCAACCCGAUAACAAGAACGAAGGCCCCUCGACGGAGGGACGACUAUCGUCCUAACUCGAUCAAUUGUGGACAGAAAGAGAAACGAUUCUCCGUUUCUAACCAUUUUCUUCUGUGUUGCAAUAUUUUCAAACGAACAUUUCAAUUUUUUCUUUCGUUUCACGUGUCUCUGACUCUUCGUAGGCUAGCUCGUAGGAAAAAGUAAGUGUUGAGUUUUAUGACGCUUCUAUUAAAAGGACAUUUUGACCGGAGUGUAUAUAUACACGCGCGUAAGCAAAAACAUCCUUGUUGUGUAGUAAAAUGUUUUCUUUUUUUUUUUAAUUACUUUCUCGCGCUUUAUGUAAUUUUUUUUCUUCAAGUGUGAGAAUCGAUAGUCGUCACUGAGUCGUUUUGCGAUUAUUCUACGAAGGUAGAAAGCAAAAAAGAGAGAGUGAGAACGAGAGAAAGUAAGGGAGAGAGAGAGAGAAACGGAAAAAAUAACACCGCACUGUAUCAUAUAGGGAUGUACGGGUAAUCAUAUGUGUCGGGUACCUAAGUUAUUGGCUCGGAAAAAGAUGAGCGCGGACAGAGACCUGAGACAUAUGAACUCAAGUAGUAUGAGUAUUUUUAGAUGAAAUCAGAGAUAAUCAAAUUUUCAGAUUUAGAAAUUUGGAAAUUUACAAUUCACAAAUUUAGAAGUUGGCUGGGUAUCACAGAAACUCACUCGAGCCCUGAUCUUUACCAAUUUGCCUCGAAAUAAUCAAACUACUCGAGUGCCCAUGUGUUUCAAGUGCCCAUUGGAACCCGCCUUACUUUAUUCGACCCGAUUCGUGCCCGAUAUGUCCGGGUAUUCGCAUAUCCCUAUUAUCGUACCAUCACGUUUGUUGCUAUCUUCGAGAUAUACUUGUGUUUUAUUUUUUCUUUUUUUUGUUUCUUUAAAGAAGAAAAAAAGGAAAAACAAAAUACCGAACCUUCGUCUUUUUAAAUUAUGCGUGAUAGCCGAUAGCGAUAAAUAUGAACGAACUCUUACGAAUGCAAGAAGUCCUUGUAUUGAUUACGUUAUAGAAUAAAGUGAAUCGUUCUUAAGUUUCA